GAACGGAGCCGGGCUGCGGGCUCAGUGCAGUGUGGAGGUCGUUGGAGUCAUCUGCUCGCUGCCAGCUCCUGUGCCUGCCGGUCUGCGCUCCGCCCGCCCCAGCCAUGCUCUCCGCCCUCGCCCGGCCCGCCGGCGCCGCUCUCCGCCGGAGCUUCAGCACCUCAGCCCAGAACAAUGCUAAAGUAGCCGUCCUUGGGGCCUCCGGAGGAAUUGGGCAGCCCCUCUCACUACUCCUGAAGAACAGCCCCCUUGUGAGUCGACUGACCCUCUAUGACAUUGCUCACACACCUGGGGUGGCUGCAGAUCUGAGCCACAUCGAGACCAGAGCAAAAGUGAAAGGCUACCUCGGACCUGACCAGCUGCCAGACUGUCUGAAAGGCUGUGACGUGGUGGUGAUUCCAGCUGGAGUCCCCAGAAAACCAGGCAUGACACGGGAUGACCUGUUCAACACCAAUGCAACAAUUGUGGCCACCCUGGCUGCUGCCUGUGCCCAGCAUUGCCCUGAAGCCAUGAUCUGCAUCAUUUCCAAUCCGGUUAACUCCACCAUCCCAAUCACAGCAGAAGUUUUCAAGAAACAUGGAGUGUACGACCCCAAUAAGAUCUUUGGUGUGACAACCCUAGACAUUGUCAGAGCCAACACUUUUGUUGCAGAGCUGAAGGGUUUGGAUCCAGCUCGGGUCAGCGUUCCUGUCAUUGGUGGCCAUGCUGGGAAGACCAUCAUCCCCCUAAUCUCUCAGUGUACUCCCAAGGUGGACUUCCCCCAAGACCAGCUGACAGCACUCACCGGACGGAUCCAGGAGGCUGGCACCGAGGUGGUGAAGGCUAAAGCUGGAGCAGGCUCUGCCACCCUGUCCAUGGCCUACGCUGGCGCCCGCUUUGUCUUCUCCCUUGUGGAUGCGAUGAACGGCAAGGAAGGCGUGGUCGAGUGCUCCUUCGUGAAGUCCCAGGAAACUGAGUGCACCUACUUCUCCACGCCCUUGCUGCUGGGGAAAAAGGGCCUGGAGAAGAACCUGGGCAUCGGCAAAGUCUCUUCCUUUGAAGAGAAGAUGAUUGCCGAGGCCAUCCCUGAGCUGAAAGCCUCCAUCAAGAAAGGAGAAGACUUUGUCAAGAACAUGAAGUGAGGUGCGAGUGUCGAGCAGCGGCUUCCUUAACUUAUCGCGGCAUCGUGUCACUGGAAGGCCGGGUCGGAUGCUGUUCAUUUAAUUUGCUUCAAUUAUGGUUGUUAUUAUCCGUGUUAUCAUCCCUUCCAAAUUGUGGCUGGUCUAUUGGUGCGACAAUAAAAGCAGACUUGAUUUUCUUUUUCAA